CCGCCCCCGCCCCCGGCUCCCCCGCUCCCCCGUCCGCCCCGCCGCCUUGAUAUGCGCUUUCUGAACUGGCGGAUUCUGGCGCCGGUGGCCGUGGCCGGGACUAUUUCAGUGGCUGUCCUGUGCGCCGGGCGUUUUGGCAGCGUCCCAGCAACCACCCAGCCCGCUGUUUUCUCCCCCACCCCCACUACACCUUCGUCCUUUGCAACCAUGGCCUCCGCCGCUGCCCGCUCGCUCAUCUCCCGCCAGGUGAACCUCUGGCCGCACUCGGCCCCGAUUGUGGUCGUCAGCAAGACCUACUGCCCCUACUGCGUCGCCGCCAUCAAGCUGCUGAACGAUCUUGGCAAGAAGGCCAACACCAAGCCCGUCAUCCACCAGAUUGACCUUGAUGGCCACAGCUCCAUCAUCCAGGACACCAUGGCCUCGGACCUGACCAACGGCCACCGCACUGUGCCCAUGGUCUUCAUCGGCACCAAGUUUGUCGGCGGCAACUCCGACAUCCAGGACCUGCACAAGAAGGGCAAGCUCCUGCCGCUGAUCGAGGCCGCGGUCGCUGCUCAGCCCCCCGGGCGGUCGAGUGCCUUUCCGGCGGUCACCCCCGCCGCGCCCCCGGUCGAGGCCCUCGUCGAGAAGGUGAAGGACUGGCCGGCCGCCGGCGGCGUUGUCGCCGUGACUAAGUCCUUCUGCCCUUACUCGCUGAACGCCAAGGAGCUUCUCCGUGACAGCGGCGCUCGGCCGGUCAUUUACGAGAUCGACUUCGAGGAGGAGGAGGCCGGCCUGCAGGACGCCCUCGCUGCUUCGGUGACCAACGGCCACCGGACCGUGCCCAUGAUCUUCAUCGGCGGCAAGUUCAUCGGCGGCUACUCCGACCUGAGCAAGCUCAACGAGUCCGGCGAGCUCCGCAACAUGGUGGCCGCCGCCCAGCCCCCCUCGUCCUGCACCUCCCUGUAAAGGGCAAGAUGCCCCCUUCGAAUGUGCUGGCCCGGGCCUCGUUUCUUUUUGCCAGGCACAUGCCACGCGCAUGAGCCAUGGAAACCAAGCGGGGAGAUCACCCCAUCCCUCUCUCUCUCUCUCUCUGCCUCUCCGGAGCACGGAGAGGUGGGCAGGUGUCAUUCGUAUGACACUCCCCCCCCCCCCCCACACACAC